GUCAGUAUGCGCUUGAACCUUGCUCUAUGUGUGUUUUUCAUUGGAAUCCCGGUCGAGGCUUUAUAUUUUCCCGUAGCUCCAACCCUCAGUCCUCUCGCUGUAGCGGAGAAAAUUUCGCAUUUCCACCGAGUCUCCACCGGCUACGCAAUUUCAUGUGGAAUGAUUAAGUAACCAUUCUUAAAUCGGUCCAUAUCAAGCUAAGAGUGUUGUAAAAAAGAGUCCGUGUACAUUAUUGGUGACAGUGUGGUUUUUUAUGUCCAUUUCUUUGAAAGUUUUAUAAUUGACGAUUCGUGGCUGGGUGUAUGAAUUCGUCAUUUUGCAGUUAUUCAUGCUGAAGAGGCUGUUAGUAGUUUAAGCGCCGGGAGCGCGUACAGGCGCGAAUGGUGCGCAGAAAUGGGGGGGCCGCGGCGCAUGUCGAGUGCGCUGCUGUUGCCCUUUGCACUGCUGUCCUUACCACGGGCAGACACCACCAAUGCCACCAUAUAUCGGGAAGAACUGGAAUCGUCACUGCGUCUGGUGCAUGCCGUCGCAACGGGAGCCACUGGGGCGCUCUGUGUCACGCAGCGGUAUGGGCGUCUGCUGGCUCCUUUGCACGCCGCUCGGUGGGACUCGGCGAGGGCACGGGCCGAUCUCGCUGCCAACCUGCUGCAUCAACUCGGUCUCGAAACUGCUGAGAUACUUAUGGCAGUAUCACAAGGUCUGGUGCUGGGAGCGAGUCCAGCUGAACGCGCAGUGGGAGCACGGGCAUUGGCGCUGCGUUCCGAUGGUGUAGUGAAUAGCGCAGUAGCAUGGGAAAGAUAUGGCACAGCAGACCCAGUAGCUGUAGUAUCACCACAGCUGGAGAAACCACCUGAUCCUGAAUAUCCAUGGUACGUUUCAGCACAUAACAGCGACACACUCCGAUCGUCAAAAUUCAUGCCUUCUCCACCUGGCGCAACUAUGGAGGGAUGGUGGACUUACCCGUACUACAGUUGCGAGGCAAAAAGAUGGUUGCUAUCAUAUACUGUACCAGUUGCUACGAUACGCGGACUGAAAGGCGUUGUUUCGCUCGACAUAGACAUAUCUAAUUUGGAAAUAAAUCAAUGCGAGGACGCGGAAGACGGAAACGAUAACCAAAUAUACUCUUUUCACGGAACCCACAAGUGCCCUAAUGAAACAACUUAUUGUGAAUAUAAACCAAAUAGAGAGGUGGGCGUACGUCACUCAGGAUGGGCGCGUGGGAUGUACAACUGCCGAUGUCGACCUGGAUAUUACUCUACAAAUCACCCUGAAGGAUUCAAUGGAUCCCUAGUUGAAGUUGCUUACCAAGAAUAUGAAAAAAAUCGUUUAGAAAACUGGAACGAACCCUAUGAAUGUCUCAAAUGUCAACCAGGUUGUGAAACAUGCAGAGGUCCAGAGCCAUGUCUUGCUACUUACAACUGGCCAUUUCGGAUAUCAUUACUGGUGAUCUCUGUGAGCUGUGCAGUGAUGACAGUUUGCCUCACCAUAUACACGCGACAUCACCGGCGUGUCAAGGUGUUUCGUGUUGCAAGUCCUGUUUUCCUCUCUAUCACUCUCCUUGGAUGUGCAAUAAUGUAUAUGGAGAUGGCUGCUAUAUUUCCAGUAUUAGAUAGAUAUUCAUGUAUUGCUACAAAAUGGACACGUCAUAUGGGUUUUUGCAUUACAUAUACUGCCUUGCUGAUGAAAACUUGGAGGGUCUCACUAACAUACCGUGUGAAAUCUGCACAUAAACUAAAGUUAACAGACAAACAACUCCUACAGUGGAUGGCACCUAUAUUGCUCAUAAUGCUCGUAUAUCUUGGAACUUGGACACUAUCUUCACCACCGGAUGCUGAAGUGAUAACUGACAAUAGAGGACUAAAAUUCAAACAGUGCACUUACAAUUGGUGGGAUCACAGUUUAGCAAUUGGUGAAAUUCUGUUCCUGUUAUGGGGUGUCCGGGUUUGCUACCGCGUGCGCCACGCUGAGAGUCUGUACAACGAAGCGAGGCUCAUCUCCAUAGCUAUAUACAAUAUUUUCACUGUUAAUUCAUUGAUGAUAGCAUUUCACUUACUUAUCCUACCACGAGCUGGACCAGACAUAAAAUAUCUGCUUGGCUUCAUAAGAACACAGCUGUCUACGUCCACUACGGUUCUCCUCGUUUUCCUACCAAAGGUGGUGCGAGUGGCGCGUGGUACCGGCGACACGUGGGACAGCAGGUCGCGGGCACGAGGCCUCCCUGCUGCCUCUUCACUCAACGGCGUCGGCCUCGUGCCUGACGAGCCGCCCGAUCUCUAUCAAGAGAAUGAGGAGCUUAAGGAAGAAGUACAAAAGCUAGCAGCACAGAUAGAGUUCAUGAAAAUAGUGCAAAUGGAAAUGCACAAUAGACAUCUACGACCACGGCCUGGUGGAUACUUUACCGCGAAUACCACUGGGGCAGGCGCCCCACAGAGUCCUAUGCAUCAAAAGACUGUUAGCAUUGCGCAGGACAACACAGAAUGGGCGGGGCCGGUGUGACUGGUAGCAGUAAGCGAGAGUGGUUGGUCGUGGCCGGGCCCCGCCGCCGAAAGAGUGCGGACUACCGUCGACCCUCGGCCCCCAACCUUUGUUUGACAUUCGACAUGCAAUGCGAUCGAAAUAAGAAUACGACUGACCUGCCGCCAUAUUGUGACGUUUUACUUGUCAAAAUAAGUUAGACUUAGUGAAAUAAUAGAGAAAAAAAUUAUAUAUAUGUAAUUUUUAUUUCGCAAACCAAUGAAAACCGUGCUUUUCAAGUGAAAGUUGACAGGUUGAAGUCAUUAACAUUCCUAUUCUUAUUCAGAUCGCACUUUAUACUUAUUGUUUCAUAUAUACUUACUUCGUUAAUACGUUUAGCAUAAUAAUUUUGUGCGCUAGUCUCAAUCAAGCUCGAAUAUUGUAUGUUUAUGAGGAAAUAAACGUAAAGAGCAACAUUUCAAUACUAAGAGCGUUUACAUCGACAGAUUACUUAUGUGUCGCAACGUCGGAUAACUUAACAAAUCUUAUUGUAUAAAUUAUAUUUAAAUUCACUAAUCAAACUUUUUUAAUAAUGAGUCAGAUAUAUUGAAGAUAAUACAAUUUUUUUUUAUUAACAGUUAAUUCUGGUGUUAAUACUCUUCGGUAUAAAGGCUCUUAAAACAAUUGCAAAAAUCAAUUUGGCAUUCUAUUUUGAAAUUCAAAAUUUUUAAGGAUUUUUAAUAUUUGAAUGGUUUACGUAUUUCUAGAGGUUGAAUAGUAGUGAAAUACAAACAGAUUUAUUACAAUAUAAGCAAGUCUGUUGAGAUUGUCCUCUCACACAUUAACAUAAUUUUGAUAGAUAUCAGUUUCAUCUUAUAUUUGAUAAUGCUUCACUUACAAAGUUCCUAUUUUUAAUAGUUUAAAAUUACUUUUUAUCUUUUGCAUUUAAACUUGUAUAAUAUAUAUAACUGAUGAUGAUGAUAAAUAUAUAUAACUAUACUAUAAAUAAUAUAUAUAUAUAUAUAUAUAUAUAUAAAAUAUUUUUAGAGUUUGUGAAGCUUUAUCUAGAUGCUAUUGUUAAUUGAAGCAUAUUUAUUUAUUAUUUAAUUUAAUUAAAGUGUAUGUGAAUAUUGUAGAUGCAGACACAGUAUAUAUAUGUAUAUAUAUAGCCGGAAAAUAAUAGCUUACCCUAAAGGCAAAAAUGCCAUUUUUAAAGUCAUAGACAAUAUAAUAACGAGGAUUAAUAUAUUGGCCCAAUAAACGGGUAUAUUAAAUAACGGGUAACCAAUAUACAAUAUCAAAAUAUAGCACUCAAUCUAUAUUAAUAUAGAUAUCCGACCGGAAUGGACGAUAUCAAAGUGGGUGAUGACCUUUUUUCUGCCAUCAAUGGAACACAAUAUGUAGAUAUUGGUCUGGUACCGAUAUUGCCCAUCCCUAAUAAUAACUAUACAUAUUAAUAAAUUCGAUGGACCUCGUGCAAAAGUAUAAAAUCAACAGAAUCAAUAACAGAAGUAACAAACUAGCUUUCGGAGAAAACAUUUUAAGAAAAUAACAUUUUGUAUCCUCAUAUAAUUGUUAAUUGUCUGUUUACAUGACUGUGACAUUUAUUUGCAACUAUGUGUUCUCAUAAGACUUGUUUAAAGUUACAGUACAGAGAAAGCAUCCUACAUUUGGAUAUUGAUAUGUAUUUAUAAAAUAUACCAUAAUACCAUCCCCACAAGUUUAAUAAUACUUACUAUUGCAACAGUAUUCCAUAAUAGUUAUGUAAUAAUGAAUUUAAUAAAAUCAAAAUAAGCUAACAAGAUGGAUAAAAUAAAUGCCAUUUUGAUUUAUAUAGACAUAUUUUUAGUAAGAUACGUGCGAAUCUAGUCAAUCAUAAUCAUAAUCGUUAUAGCCGUGUUAGAAGUAUUUAUUUAUGUAAUAAUUUUUAUUGUAUUGUAGCUAUUUAUGAAUGUUGAACACAUGGUGUUCAUCAUAAGGGCAGACAAUAAAAAUUGCAAAAUGUUACUUUCAUAGGUAUUUUACGGUCAGCAGAAUAUAUGGACCAUUAUGAGAUGUUAAAUAAAAAUAUUAUAAGACGAGUUAAUCAUGUAAAACAUUUACGCUUGUAAGAAAAGUCGAAUCUUCAGAACAGUCUUGUAUGCUUGACAUGACUUAUAAAAAAAUAGCAAAAAAAAAUUUGGUAAUAAUAGUUAGUACUACACAAUCACGCCGAUCGCUAGAGUCCUUAAGCUGUGACAGCGUGUUAUAAGGGAUCAGGCAAAGAAUAUCUGCAGCUCAACCUAUACCGUAACACCCAAACCCAGAUCAAUCAAGAAUGGUGUGUAAGUCUGACACUUCCCACUCUGCAUCUUGCCAUGAAUAUAGAUAAAUAUUAUUCAGUGCCUGAAAAAUAUAACAGUUUAUUUCAAAAUUUUAAUUUAUAGAUAUUACGAUUUCAUAAAAAUUAUUCAUUACUUUUGUAUUGUAUUAAAAAAGACGAUGUUGUAGAGUCAACCUUUUCAAUGUGUAUUUUUAAAUAUUGACUAUAUUAUACUAGCAACGAUUCGUCCCGGCUUUGUUCAGGUAGAUAGAAGUUUCGAAAAUAACAUAUAGCCUAUGUUAAUCACUGUAACGUAGCUUACCUAUAGGUGUAAGAAUUUUUAAAAUGGGUUGUGUAUUUUUUAGUAUAUCCAUUACAGUUUGUAAUCAGCAAUCAAACAAUCAAAUAUUUUCUCUUUAUAAUAUUAGUGUAGCUUAAAAUACCGUCAGUUUCAUAUAGCCGUAAUUAUAUAUCAAAUAUCAGCCAAAUGUACUUAAAAAUAGCACUAAAAAAACAUGUUGAAAAGAAACAUAUAAACAAAACUUGGAUUUUGAUUAAUUGUAACACUAUUACAGGUCCAAAUAUUCUGUUGGACAGUCUUUUAGUUUUGUAAUUACAUUUAAUUCAAAAUAAAUGUUAGAACCAACUUAUUUGGGACAGUGUUAUGUAAUACUGAAUCAUGAAACAAUAGUGUUUGUAAUUAAUCAUAUUUGUAUAGUGUAAGUGUAAUUAAAAAGUAUGUACAUAUGAAUCGUAAAGCAUAAAUUCUAAAGUGUUGUACAUAAAUUUAUUAGAGAUUAUUUUAUUAUAUUUUGUUUACUAUCUGUGAUAAUGGACGCAGUAUUCAUCAAUUAUUAAGAUUGUGCUGUAAUAACGCACAACAUUAUUAUUAUUCUAGAAAUUUAUGCUAUUAUUAUUUUAUUACUAUUGUGAAGUGCAUAUGAAAAUAGUAUAUCUUAUAGUAUUAAUAGGAGAUCACUCUCUAUUAUUUUAAAAUUUUCCCUUUUCUAGUGUCUAGAUUUAAGAAUUAAAUAUCUUCUAGUUUCUUAUUUGAUGAUUUUAGAUCAUAUGCAUCUAGAUGGAGUGUUGAAUAUGAAAUGUCCCAAAAAUUAUCAGCCGAAUGUUGGUAUUUCAUACUGUACAAAACUCUGAAAGUAUACCAAUACUAUAAAAUAAUAAAUAUAAAUAAAACAUUUGUUUGGGUGCUUUAAGUGACCAGGUUAAAAUAUCUGAAACCGCAUUAUUUUUAGAAAAGUUAGGUUGCUUCGAAAAUCAUUCCUUCGAAGACACUAUCUAGAUGUUAUUGAUCUAAAUUAAAUACCAAUUAAUAUUGGAAAGCUCUAAUAAGGCUAGUGUGCAGUUAUUUAGCACAUUGUGGUAAGUCACAAAAAUUAAUAGUUACGCUGUGUGCUAGCCUAUAAAUUAUAUAAAUCAUUAGGACAUUUAAAUCUAUUACUCAACUAAGAUUCUGAAAUUUAUUUUUUCCUAAUAUCCAAUUUUCCUAGGAAAUAUUUUGAUUUAACUAUAGUACAUAAAUUUCAUAAUAGAAUUAAUCUUGAAUGUUGUUCUCAUAUUGAAUAUCCUAGUUUUGUAGAGCCAAGCUCACUCAUAGUAUCAAUCAAGUGUAGUGUAAGUCAUAAAUGUGAUACCAAAUAAUAGUAAAUUAUAUAGCAAAGUACAAUGUCAUUAUUUUUGACAAAUUGUCCUUUUGUUUUAGCGAAAUUAAUAAAUAAUAGUCAUUCAGUCAUCAAUAGAUGAUUUGAUCAUUGUGCCAAGUUGUAACUUUUUGAAGUGAAUUCUUAUGGAAUCACCAUUUAUCAAUUUUGUAUAUUUUUUUGAAUAUUUGAAAUGUAUUACUAAUAUUGGAUGUUGUAAUAUAGAAUUGAUGUAAUAUUGUUAUAAUCUGAUAUUUGGUUAUAGGUAAUAAAGUAUUCUGUAAGAGGUUCUGUUUUUACAUUAAAAUAAAACUGACUGUU